AUGUUGUCGAGCAUCAUUGCUGCUACUUUCGCCUUCGGCGCGUCUGUCGAGCUUCUUCAUGAGUUAUUGACGUCCUCCUCUGCUUCACUUUCUGCAUCUACCGGCUUUGGCAACUCGAGCACCGGAUCUUCAGUUUCUCUCCCACUUAAUAUCGCACUUCAACCAGGUCUCGCAAUCUAUCCACAAGCUUUCUAUUCAGGACAAGGCUCAUAUUCUAGCCUCCCCACGUCCCCCGUUGGAAAUGCAUCCAUCCCAUCCACUGCGUCCUCAGUAGCCCUCUCAGGGAACGUAUGGGCAGCUGUAUCAGCUGGAAGCAACAGCCGUGUCAUAUUGUGGAACUCCAUUCCUGACGUUAGUCAGCUUCCUGCGAGCGCAUCAGGGUCCCUGUCGUUGCUCAACCUGCAAUCAACAUCCUGUUCGCCGCCUUGCUUCCGGGAAUGGCGUUUCGGAUUUACCGGUUCAUCUUGCGAGUCGUGCGCCACUGGUUUCUUUGGACCCACGUGCCAGCCAUGUCCUUCAGGAUGUACCUCUUGCGAUGGCGGAAUAUCUGGUACGGGCCGUUGCUUGGUGCCAGUAGUGAAUAACUUGCCAUCGAGCUGCAAUUGCAUCAACGGGCAAUGCGGUUCCAACGGACAGUGUACUUGUAUCACCGGCUGGACUUCGGCAUCAAACGGAACCCAGUGUUCUGCAUGUGCGUCAGGUUUCUUUUUAGACACAAACGGGAACUGUGAAAUUUGUCAGCUCGGCUGUCAGCAGUGUGCCGAUAGCAGCGGGGACUGUAUCACUUGUAAAUCAGGCUUUACUCAAGAUGCUAACGAUCGCACCAAGUGCGAUGCCACUUCGCAAACUACGUCAACCGGCACGAUUUGUCCCGAUGGAAGUUACAGUGCUGGGUCUUCUUGCGCAGCUUGUUCGCCCCUUUGCCAGACUUGUAACGGGCCUACUUCGAACAAUUGUGUCAUUUGUGGAUCUGGCACAUACUCGUUUAACGGGUCAUGCGUGGCUUCGAAUUUGAUUGCCAAUAAUAACAAGCAUGAAUGUGACACUUGUGGACCAAAGUGCACGACCUGUCAAAUAUCCAAUUUCAAUGUUGCAUCUACCAUCGAUCAAGCUCAGUGCACUGGUUGUCUUCCUGGUUUCUUCUUGUCGCAAGGGAAGUGUGUGACAAGUUGCCCAUCGGGUACCUUCCUUUCUCCUCAAGAUAAUUUGACGUGCACAGCUUGUUCUUCGUCCUGUACUAGCUGUGCAGGAAGCGCUACCACCUGCUUGACAUGCGCGAACAAUUUGCUAGCCUCGAACGGGCAAUGCGUCAAUUCUUGUCCUUCCAACACAUUCAGUUCUUCUGGAACCUGUGUUUCCUGUCACCCGGACUGUGCAACAUGUUCAGGCGAAUCCUUUAAUCAGUGCACGAGUUGUAACAAGGCUCUCCCAGUCCUUACUAGUGGACGCUGCCUUGCUACUUGCAGCCAGAACCAGUAUUUCGACACCACGUCCUCGACAUGCAAGUCUUGCGACAAUAGUUGUGCCAGCUGUUCAGGCGCUGGUUCAAAUAACUGUCUCGCCUGUUCAAGUUCCAGUCAAGUUUUGCGUGGGGGUACUUGCACUUCAGCCAACUGCACAAGCGGUUCAAGUAUUAUCCCAGGCCUUGGGGCAUGCCUUUCAGAACUCGUACUCGUCCCCUCAUCCUCCGGCACGAGCUCAGGCGCGCUUCCUUCGAUCACUGGGCUAUCGACUCCUAUCGCAACCACAUCCACUCAACGAUUGCAGUGGUGGGAGAUUCUCCUCAUGGCGCUUGGAUGUGCUUUCAUCUUUGUGGCCUUUUUGUACUGCUGGCGCCGCCGAGCUCGCAAGCAACGAGCAAAGGACACAGCCGCAUUUGCGUCUGCUAAAGCCCUACCUCACAAGCAUAACUGGAGGUGGCGACUUGUGCACUUUGGAGAAAGGCUUUUCGGGUACAACCGUAAGCAGCCGCGGCCUGAGACCGAGGAAAUUGCCUUAUGGAAACUGCGCGCUGCAGAAGAGGCGCGGCACCACACGGAAAUGGAGAAGCUCGUAGGUGCAUAUGAGUCGGGAUCGAGCCGGGCUCAUUCGCCUCUCCCUUCGCUUCCUCGCUACAAGCGGCGUGGGUCUCACGAUUACUCAGACGCGCACAGCUCUAAUAGGCUAUCCGCGGCUUCUAUGUAUUCCCAGGCAACAGGGAUGCCUCGUACGGGACCUGAACCUCGGCAGCCUGUCAAAACGAAUCCUUUGACGUCUCGGUUUUCAUCAACGACGCUUGGUUCUGCGGUAUACAAGAAACCAAACACGUUACAGUCUAAGCGCAGGCCAACACCCCCCAAACCGCUGACUGACGCUGAGGCAUACGCCACGUCCGUAAGGCAGUCAUCGGAAUCUGACGUAUCGUAUUGGAUAGCACCCACGAAUACGGGCGGAUCCAACACCAACCCUUUCCGUAAAUAA